AUGGAUGGGGGGGACGGGGGUGAUGGGGGAGGUGGGGGGGGAGAUGGGGGAGAUGGGGGGGAUGGAGGGGGUGAUGGUGGCGGGGGAGGGGAUGGGGGUAGAGGAGGUGGGGAAGGGGGAGGGGGAGAUGGGGGGGAUGGUGGGGGAGGGGAUGGUGGAGGGGAGGGUGGGGGGGAAGGGGGAGGGAAUGGGGGGGGUUGGGGUGGUGGUGGGAGUGGGGGAGGAGGGGAGGGAGGGGGAGAAGGUGGGGGGCGGGGAGGGGGGUUUGGUGGACUUGGUGGGGGGAGAGGUGGGGGGGAGGGAGGAGGAGAAGGAGGGAGAGGAGGAGGGUUGGGAGGGGGGCGAGGAGGGGGGAGAGGAGGGGGGAGAGGAGGGGGACGCGGAGGGGGGAGCGGAGGGGGGAGCGGAGGAGGGCGAGGAGGGGGGCUGGGUGGAGGAACAGGUGGGGGCACGGGAGGGGGAACCGGAGGGGGCAAACGCGGCGGAACAGGAGGGGGGCGGGGGGGAGGUGAGCGGGGAGGAGAGGGCGGCUUCAAGAGAGGAGGAGGCGGUUUGGGGGUGGGGGGUGGGAAGGGGGGGAGAGUGGGGGGCACAGGAGGGGGCCUUAAGGGGGGCGGCUCGGGGGCAGCGGGAGGAGGGCGCAGGGGAGGGGGGAGUGGAGGAGAACGGGGGGGGGAGUGGGGGGGAGGUCGGGGGGAGAGGGGAGGGGGGCGAGGAGCAGGUGGGGGGGGGAGAAGAGGAGGCGGAAUGGGAGGACUGUAG